AUGUCUCCAAAUACUGCUACGUUAUUCUCUAUGGUAGCUUGGAGUAUAUGGACUAGACGCAACAAGUUAAGAGAGAGGAAACCUAUUUGGGAUGUUGGGGAAACUGUGAAGAGGGAGAAGGAGCUGUUGCAGGAAUUUAAAGAUUUGCAAGACUUCCCUUCAUGGUAUGCUAUUCCUCGGGUGGAGGUGAGAUGGAAACCUCCUGGCACUGGUUUAUUUAAGAUCAAUUUCGACGGAGCAGUUUUUGAGGACAGAGCGCUUGUUGGUCUAGGGAUUGUCAUCGAGGACGAGUCAGGUCUGAUCAUUGCUGCCCUUAGUCAGAAAAUUCCUUUGCCAAGCUCGGUGGAGAUGGUGGAAGCUCUGGCAGUAAGGAGGGGUAAUAAGUUGGCCCACUCCCUUGCAAAGCGAGCAGUUCUAGCUGCUGAUACUGAUGUGUGGUUAGAAGAACUACCACAAGACUUGAUCGAUGUAUUUCAAUUUGAUUUAGCUUAA